AUUUCGGCCUUUCGGGCCUAAAUCAACGAUUUUUCGUCUCCUCUUUGAAAGCGAAACGACUUCUUUGAUUCUAUCUCCGGACCUUACGCUUUACCCAUUUACAGCACUUAUAAAUAGCCCCCAAAUUAAGUACAGUCAUUUUAUCAGUACAAAUUAUCCUUGCCAUUUUUACAAUUGAGUGAGCAGAGCCAAGAGGAAACAGAUCAACUUUGCCCAUUCGCAUUGCAAAUAAUUGGAUUGCCAUUCCACCAUUUCUCACCUUUGAUCACUUCAACAAGCCUUGGCCGGUUUUUUUGGCUAUGGGAAAUGAAGAUGAGCAAAAAUAUGCUGCCUUUAUGGAGAAAGUGAAGCGGACAAUGUAUCUUGACAAUCUCUCACCUCAGGUUACUGAUGCAGUCAUCAAAACUGCAUUUGAGCAAUAUGGUACUGUGACCAACAUUCAUUUCAUCCCGAACUACAUCGAGCCAAACUACAAUGGGAAGUGUGCCCUUGUGGAGUUGAAGAAUGAAAAGCAAGCAAAAUCAAUUAUUGAGGUGCUGUCUUCUUAUCCAUUCAUGAUGUCAGGAAUGCCUAGACCAGUGAGGGGUCGUCAUGCAGAGCCAGAAAUGUUUGACGAUCGUCCGCCUAAGCCUGGUAGGAAGAUACAAGUGUAUUGGGUAGACCCAAAAGAUCCUCAAUUUGAGGUGGCACAGAAGCUCAAGAACCUGACAAAGAAACAUGUUGCUGAACAGUCCUUCCUACAAAAGAAGCAGCUAGAGGAGGAAGAGAAACUCUCAAAGCAGCAAGCUGAGACUCUAAAAGGGCAUUACGAAAAGUACGAGACGAUAGAUUCUAUAUUAUGUGAUGGCACCUCAAAACGUCUAUCUAGGUUCUAUGGGGUAAAUCUAACUGAUGACUAAGGACUCUGACUUGUAUAUCUGUAGUAAGGUAACACAGUAGUAGAAUGUAAUUCGUAAGAUUUCAUAGCUGUCUUUCUUUCCUAAAAAGGAACUUGCAAGGUUAUGGAUAGAGGUAGUCUUACUGUGCAAGAAUAUCUGUAUGAGAUACUGAUUUCGAUCCUGACUACUUGACUGGCAAUGACAUGUCUGUUUUGUUCAGCAAUUGCA